GGGUAUCGUACAAUUGAUUGAGCGUGGGGUCGGGUGGUCGGUGACCGCGGGGAUAGAUGACUGGCUGACUGGGUACUCCAAGCGAUAUAUGUUGUGUCUGGUCGUAGUUGGUGCCCAUUAUCAGCGCAAUAGAGUUUAUUGGCGAACGGACGGUCGGUGGCGUCUUUUGGCAACAUAUAGCGAGUUCAGUUCGUGAGGAACCGUGAAAGCGAUCGGAACGAUUUGUUUUUCCUCCCCGUCCGAUGUGAGUUUGGCGCGAUUGGCGAGGAGUGCUGGCUGCCGCGUUGCGAUGAGUGCGGAAGAAAUUAUGUGCAAACUGCGAAGGACUUUGUGGAUUAGUUGAAGGCAGGAAUUUUACCUUCAGGUGUUUUUGUGUGUUUCGUUUGAAAUUCGAUGGUAAUGGGAAAAUUGGAUACCGUGAGGGCAUACGUAUAUGCUGGAUGUGUAUAAUUAGAGGGUGUGCAAUCGAAUGAACGUUGUGAUCGGAGGAAGGUUUAUAUUGGAUUUUCCUAGGAAGUUGGAGACGGAUAUACGAGUGCAAAUGUGACGAAUAUCCGGUCGUUAAAUGGAUUUUCUGUGACUGUGAACGAAGCGAAGAACAAGAGAGCUAAAGUAGUUUUGUUGUCGACGAUCGGAUUAGGUGAUGUAAAGCUGUUGUGUACAUGAGUUCUGCAAUGAAAGGCUGGUAUUAAUAGACGAUAACAAUAAAUAACCAUCCGACGCAAUGGAAAAUUCGCCACUCAAAAGCAGCCGCAAGGUGCGGUUCUCCCUUCCAGACAACAACAUUCCAGCCAUGCCGACAAAUGCCGCUCAACAAAAGCAACGCAUUUCCCAUGGAACUCUUCAGUAUGUGAACGGAACUCUAGUCAGCCAAGCUUCCGUCCCCGCUGGCAUGAACCUCCAGAGCUCUUGUCAAGAGCUCAACCGUCUACAAAGCCAGCAGGCGCAACUCCGGCAAGCCAAAACUAAAGAAUCCAGUACGAAAAUUGUUCUCCAUUUGCGUCCAUCAACUGGAGUGGACAGAUACGAAAACAUGGAAAUUGCCCCGGUGGUAAAAACACCGGCAGCUACGUUAGAUAAGACGCCUCGGAAAGUACAAAAAAGUGGUAUACCCCGGCUGGAAACAAGAGCAUUUAAAACACUUCCUCAAAUAAAUCAGAAAUUCCCCAGCUCGGAGGACGUGAACAACAACACGACUGCCACUCGGGACACCUGCCAUAGACACAAAUCCAGCGAAGACUUGGGCUUCGGUAAGGGCACCGACGCCAACAACAAUGUCCAACAAGUCAAAAAGCAAACCGUUAUACUUCGUAACAUUUCUGGCGUAAGUGCCAUCACUGGACCAAAAUCCCUAUCCACGCGAACCAGAUCAUCCAAAUCUCUCGUGAAGCCCAGCUCCGUUCGAGCCGGGAAAACUCUGAUCUCGUCCCAUCUGCAGCAGCACGACAGCAACAUUACCAUCAAAGUGCAGGAAAGUUCUCCGGCUCGACGUGGUCUGCUGGGUGACCCCACCGAUCCAGAGGGAAAUCGAACCGCCCGUUCGGCCGCCCCCACGGACUCGAGUGGUCCCCCUUCCAAUGGCGCCGGUUCAGCAAAUGCCAACACGAGGCCAAAGUCCCAGUAUGCCAAAUGUAACUUCCUAACGGUGCCAGAGUUCAGCGAUCGGUACGAAGGCAUGGAAACGGUUGUUUCCACUUCCGCUGCCGCUAGCGACGACGAAGAAGAGGAAGAGGAUUUGGAAGGAGGGGAAGGACUGAACCAGCCAGGGGAAAAUCGAAUCGGCGGGGGUGGCGUGGAAGCCGUUGAAACGGUGAAAAAUGGAAACGGUCGAGGUGUGAAGCGGAACGGAGCCGCAGCAGGAGGUGGAGAAAGCGAACCGAAAGUUCCCGCCAAACCGUUAGACGACGCGGGCUUCAAGUGCAUCCAAGACACCAACCUGGGGCGGGAUAAAAACUCGCUCCAGUUUUGGGACUUUGUCGAACGUUGGCGGGCGAACAGGGCGCUAAAAAAGCUCGACAGCAGCUCCACCAGCAACGGGCUCCACUCGUCGUCGCCCCUCGGCAGCAAUGGCAAUAAUGGAAACGGCGGACCGAAUGGCAACUCCGCCGGUGGCGGCGAUCCAUCGUCAGUGUCGAUUGGCGGUUCGGGCAGAUCGGACGCGAAAAGCCCAACGCUCAGUUCCCGGAUCCGAGCGCUCAGGAUGAGCAUGGAGCAGGUCCCUACGGUGACAACACUGCUGCGGGCGUCUCGCGACGCCAACGAGUACCUCCUCAAAGAGGUCUUCCGGGACAUUCUGGAGAAUGGCAUCUCGUGGGAAAACCUCAACUCAACAGAUCGAAGCGGAAGGACGGCCAUUUCGUACAUCUGCUCGACGAAUCUGACAAACUUUCUGGAACUGUUCCUGCAGCUGCCGGGUAUCGACGUGAACAAACCGGACAACGAGGGCAACACACCGCUGCACUUUGCAGCCCAAGCUGGUCUUUCUGACGUUGUCAACAUGCUCAUCACCAAGUGCCGAAGUUUGGUAAUAGAUCCAAAGAAUAAUCUCGGUUUCACCCCACUGAUGAAGGCUGCCCUCCAAGGAAGGACACGAUGUGCCAAGUUGCUGCUAUUUGCUGGGGCAUCUCCGGUCGAGACGGACACCGGCAGGGGCUUCCGGGCUGAGCAGUGGGCCCGGUUCUGCGGAAGACACACGUGCGCCGAAACGAUAGAACAGUGCGCCCGGGCACGGCUGCUGGAUAAGUCUGCCCCGUGUGGAAAGUGGUCACACGAUAUAGUGCUUCCCGGAGACAAAAGUGUACUGAAAGCGACCAGAAGCAGCAGCAUCGCCGGACAGACAGCCAAUCCUAAUGGACUCCGCUCCAAGUUCCGCAAAGUAUUCCCCUUCAAUUUUUCCUCAAAAGACAAACAAGUGGCCAAGGAGGUGGACGAAAACUACACCAAGGAUCUGGUAAACUAUCUCAAAUCGGCCACAAUCUGCGUAAGCGGGCCCGCCUUGUCUGCCAAUAGAAAAAUCAUCCAGAGCCUUAUCCGACCACUAGAAGUGCCAAAACUAGAAGUGACCUACGCCAACAAUAAUGCGCUGAUCAAAAAGUACGAAGCUGCAGACUACUCCUCCGGCUGCGGCGGCGGCAGUGGAGGCAGCAGCGACGACAACCGGCAGGACACAACCUCGGACGAAUCGAUGGACAGCAGCAGUCGGCAAGCUUCGCCAAUUCCGGCACCACGAAGCAAAGUGAAGAACUAGCUGGCACGCCGCGCCGGCCGCACAUGCACUCGAUUACUACUAGUAGCACGCACGCGCGCGCGAAACUGAUUUGCGUAGCUCGAAGCGGCGAAGAUCUACAAAGUCUUUUGUUUAAACAUAGGUGUAGUUUAAGUGGAGUAAAUGCAUAUGUAAGGUUCAAUGUUCGUAACCGUUUAGUAUACUCUGUACCAAAAAGUGCAUUGUUGGAAAAAAAGUAAGUAAACAUUACGCAUAAAUUCCUAUCUCAAGUAAUUUCAUCAGAGAUCUGAUAGAAGCCAUUUGUGUGUUAACUUCCCAAUUCGAUAACCUAGAUGAAUACAAGCUAUGAGAAAAACUAUUCAAAUUUUUAACUAAUUAUAUACAAACAUUUUGUGCUACUGAUAGACUGCGCUAGGGAGAACAUAUUUUUACUGCUUAUCGAAGACUAUUUACUACAACUUUUCAGAAAAUUUCUUCUUACUAGGUUUGUACCAUUGCUUUUCACUGUAGGCUAUCGAAGAAUUCUCGUUAGGAUUAGUGCUCGAACAACAACGUGAACACAUGGACUUUCUCUACUCCCAUACUACGAUGUAUGUGUACGCUGUUCAAACUUAGGCACUGUAAAAUAUAUGAUUGCCUAUAUUAA